UUUUUUUUUUCAUUUUCUCAAGAUGUCAAUACCUACGAUUAUAUUAGAUAAUGGAGCCCAUACGAUGAAAGUAGGUUUAUCCUCUACACACAAGUCACCAAGGCUUAUACCCAAUGCCAUUAUACGUGAUAAAAAAGACAAACGACAGUAUAUAGGCGAUGAACUCGACGAAUGCACUGAUUUUUCAUCCCUUUAUUAUCGUAUACCCUUUGAAAAAGGUUUACUCGUCAAUUGGACCAUCGAACGCAGUAUUUGGGAUCGUCUUUUCAAAUCGCAUUUUGAUCCUAAAUCGAGUCGUCUACUUAUAACUGAACCUUGUUUUAACUUACCCAUUAUUCAGGAUAGUUACGAUCAAGUGAUUUUUGAAGAGUAUGAAUUUAAAGCUUGUUAUCGUACUAUGGCCCCUCAAUUAUGUCUUUACAAUGAGUUAAGUGGACUCUUUAAGGACAAGUUAGGAUCUAUUCCUGACUGUGUUUUAGUGGUUGAUUCAGGCUAUUCCUUUACUCAUACUGUCCCCUUUUUGAUGGGGAAACCUGUUUUAAAAGGAAUAAGACGAUUAAAUGUAGGAGGGAAAUUGCUGACAAAUCACCUUAAAGAGGUUGUCUCCUUUCGUUCCUACGACAUGAUGGAAGAAACAUAUAUUAUAAAUGAUGUUAAAGAGAAAUCUUGUUUUAUUUCAAAAGACGUUUAUAAAGAUCUAGAUAUAUGCAGAAAACAAGGUAUCAAGAAUUCAAUUAUACAGGAAUAUGUAUUACCAGAUUUUGUAAAUACAACAGAAGGUCAUAUUCGUCCUUAUGGUUCAACUUCUUCAGAUCAGCAGGUGUUACUAAUGAAUAACGAAAGAUUCAUGAUACCCGAAAUAUUAAUGCAUCCUUCUGAUAUCGGAAUUGAUCAAGCUGGUAUUCCUGAGGCCAUAACUCAAAGUGUACUUGCUUGUGAUUCAUCUAUUCAUGGACUUUUAUAUGCGAAUAUUGUACUUGUAGGCGGCAAUGCAAAUAUACCAGGUUAUAUGGAAAGAAUUGAGCAAGAUUUAAGGCUAUUAGUUCCUACUGAAUUUGAUAUUCGUAUAGUGACACCGCCUAAUCCUGUCACUUUUGCAUGGGAAGGUGGAAAUAGAUUUACUUCAUUAAGCUCUAAAAGUGAAUUGCAAAAGACGUUUGUUCAGCGUAAAGAAUAUUUGGAAUAUGGUAGUGAGAUUUGUAGAAGGAAGUUUGGAGCAAUUUGAUUGGCUUUUUUGAAGAAGUUAAUAAAAAAAAAAUUUUUUUUUUAUACGCAUAUAAGCUUUAUUUUUUCUUGUUUACAUAAGGAGAGAGAGAGAGAGAAUAUACAAAAACAUGGGCAUUGUUUCAUCAAAAGAAAAAAAACCAACUGAACAAGAGUCGAUAACUGAGGCUCAAAAAGCACAAUCUAAUGAUCAAGGAUCAACAAAUGAUCAAAAGACAGAAUCUAAACAACAAGAAACAGUAGGUGCAAAGCGUCCCAUCCAAAUUGAUGAUCCCAAUUUUUCUUCACCUCGUUCAAAACGAAAACCUACAAAAAAGGAAUAUGAUGAGAAAAAAGGAGGUGGUCGUGUAGGAUUAGAGGAACGUCCUGAACAUUUAGGUCCUCGUGAACCUCGAAUUCCAAAAAAGAAAGUUGCUUUAUUGAUCGGCUAUAACGGAACUGGUUAUCAAGGCCUCCAGCU